AUGGCGGACGAAGUUUACGAUGGUGCCAUUGGCAUCGAUCUUGGUACUACCUACUCUUGCGUUGCCAUCUACGAGGGUACCAAUGUCGAGAUCAUUGCCAACGAGCAGGGUUCUUUCACCACCCCUUCUUUCGUCUCCUUCACUGCUGAGGAGCGUCUGAUCGGUGAGGCCGCCAAGAACCAGGCUGCCAUGAACCCCAAGAACACCGUCUUCGACGUCAAGCGUCUUAUCGGUCGCCGCAUCGAUGACCCCACUGUCAAGAAGGACAUGGAGUCUUGGCCCUUCAAGGUUGUCGACGAUGGUAACGGCAACCCCAAGGUUGAGGUUGACUACCUCGGCGGUGUCCACACUUUCUCCGCUCAGGAGAUCUCCGCCAUGGUCCUCACCAAGAUGAAGGAGAUUGCUGAGGUCAAGAUCGGCAAGAAGGUUGAGAAGGCUGUCAUCACCGUCCCCGCCUACUUCAACGACAACCAGCGUCAGGCUACCAAGGAUGCUGGUGCCAUUUCCGGCCUCAACGUCCUCCGUAUCAUCAACGAGCCCACCGCUGCCGCCAUCGCCUACGGUCUCGGUGCCAACAAGUCCAACAAGGAGCGCAACGUCCUCAUCUACGAUCUCGGUGGUGGUACCUUCGAUGUCUCCCUCCUCAACAUCCAGGGUGGUGUCUUCACCGUCAAGGCUACCGCCGGUGACACCCAUCUUGGUGGUCAGGAUUUCGACACCAACCUUCUUGACUACUGCAAGAAGGAAUUCACUCGCCGCACAAAGAAGGCGAGUACCAAUCCCUAUAGCUUCCCUACAACUUUCCGUUCGUCGACGACUGAUCUUUCCGGUGAUGCCCGUGCCCUCCGUCGUCUCCGCACUGCUUGCGAGCGUGCCAAGCGUACCCUCUCUUCCGGUGCUCAGACCACCAUUGAGAUCGACUCCCUCUUCGACGGUGAGGACUUCAACAUCAACGUCACUCGUGCCCGUUUCGAGGACUUGAACGCCAAGGCCUUCUCCGGUACCCUCGAGCCCGUUGCUCAGGUCCUCAAGGAUGCCGCUAUCGAGAAGUCCGCCGUUGACGAGAUCGUCCUUGUCGGUGGUUCUACCCGUAUCCCCAAGGUCCAGAAGCUCCUCAGCGAGUUCUUCGACGGCAAGAAGCUCGAGAAGUCCAUCAACCCCGAUGAGGCUGUUGCCUACGGUGCCGCCGUCCAGGCCGGUAUCCUCUCCGGCAAGGCCACCUCCGCCGAGACCUCCGACCUCCUCCUCCUCGAUGUCGUUCCCCUCUCCCUCGGUGUCGCCAUGGAGGGCAACAUCUUCGCCCCCGUCGUCCCCCGUGGCCAGACUGUGCCCACCAUCAAGAAGCGCACUUUCACCACUGUUGCCGACAACCAGCAGACCGUUCAGUUCCCCGUUUUCCAGGGUGAGCGUGUCAACUGCGAGGACAACACCUCCCUCGGCGAGUUCACUCUUGCUCCUAUCCCUCCCAUGAAGGCUGGCGAGCCCGUCCUCGAGGUCGUCUUCGAGGUCGAUGUCAACGGUAUCCUCAAGGUCACCGCCACCGAGAAGACCUCCGGCCGCUCCGCCAACAUCACCAUCUCCAACUCCGUUGGCAAGCUCUCUUCCUCUGAGAUCGAGAAGAUGGUUGAGGAGGCUGAGAAGUUCAAGUCCAACGACGAGGCUUUCUCCAAGCGCUUCGAGGCUAAGCAGCAGCUCGAGUCCUACAUCUCCCGCGUUGAGGAGAUCGUCUCCGACCCCACCCUCUCCCUCAAGCUCAAGCGCGGCCAGAAGGAGAAGAUUGAGCAGUCCCUCUCUGAGGCUAUGUCUCAGCUCGAGAUUGAGGACUCCUCCGCUGAGGACCUCAAGAAGAAGGAGCUUGCCCUCAAGCGCCUCGUCACCAAGGCCAUGUCUUCCCGCUAA